UUGCGAAUAACACAUUCCCUCAACUGAGUGUUCGUUUCAAUCUGCAGUACAAUAUUCUCAAGUCUGGACCCUUGGAUCAGGGUCAUUUGCCAGAGGAGGAUUUUUUUUUUCUUUUUUUUUUUUUUUGCGGCUCUCAGUUUUUUUUGUACUUCCUUCUUGGGCAGAAGACUGGUGUAAUAGAAACCAGACACAAGCCAGCAUGUGAGGCAUCCAUCCACUAUAGCGAGACCUCACUUCUUUGCAGACUAGGCUACCAGGAUAAGAAGGAAAUUCUCGACCAGGAAAUUAAGCCUCCGCUUUAGUUUUUAGUUAAUCUGGAUGUUAAUAUGACGGGAAAAAACAAGUGCUUAGGGAUGGAGUUGUCCCAUAAUGAGUCAGGCUGUGCAGAAAUAACUAGGGAGGACAAGUGAGGACUCCAGAAUGGGAAAUUCAUGUGCAACUUUUUCAGAUUGUAGUUAAAAGCUUGUAGGAGCAACAUGAGCUGGAGUUUUCUCACCCGCCUUCUGGAAGAGAUUCACAAUCACUCCACAUUUGUGGGGAAAGUGUGGCUCACUGUGCUCAUCAUCUUUCGCAUCGUACUGACAGCUGUUGGAGGUGAAUCCAUCUACUCCGAUGAACAAGCCAAAUUCACCUGCAACACCAAGCAGCCGGGCUGUGACAAUGUAUGCUAUGAUGCCUUUGCCCCCCUCUCGCAUGUUCGUUUCUGGGUCUUUCAGAUAAUCAUGAUUUCCACUCCCUCCAUCAUGUACAUGGGUUAUGCCAUUCACAAGAUAGCCCGAUCUUCGGAGGAUGAUCGCAGGAAGCACCAAAGACUUCGCAAGAGGCCGCCCCCUCACACAAGAUGGAGAGAAAGUCAGCCUGUUGAGGGGGUCCUGGAGGAGGAAGAUGAUGACGCUGAACCAAUGAUCUACGAGGAUGCACUGGAUGUCCAGGAGGGCAAGGUAGAUCCUGUGAGCAGCACUGGCAAAGACCCACCAAAACAUGAUGGCCGCAGAAAAAUCAUGCAACAAGGCCUGAUGAGAAUCUAUGUUCUCCAGCUCAUGUCACGAGCUAUUUUUGAAAUUGCUUUCCUAGCUGGACAAUAUCUACUGUAUGGAUUUCGAGUUAGUCCCUCUUAUGUGUGCAACAGGGUACCUUGUCCACACAGAGUGGACUGUUUUAUCUCCAGACCUACAGAGAAAACAAUCUUUCUCCUUAUUAUGUAUGUGGUGAGUUGCCUCUGUCUUGUGCUAAAUGUGUGUGAAAUGCUUCACUUGGGAAUUGGCACAUUUCGGGACACUCUUCACAUGAAGAGGAACCGCGACCGACGUUCCGCAUCCUAUGGCUACCCAUUUUCACGCAACAUCACAUCCUCCCCUCCUGGGUACAACCUUGUGAUGAAAACAGACAAACCCAGUAGGAUUCCCAACAGCCUCAUCCCCCAUGAGCAGAACAUGGCCAACGUAGCCCAGGAGCAGCAGUGUACAAGCCCAGACGAGAACAUCCCCUCCGACCUUGCAAGCCUGCAUCGACACCUGAGGGUUGCUCAGGAGCAAUUGGAUAUGGCCUUUCAAACCUACCAGACCAAAAACACCCAGCAGACCUCCAGAACAAGCAGCCCUGUUUCUGGGGGCACCGUGGCAGAACAAAAUCGAUGCAAUACAGUCCAAGAGAAGCAAGGAGCGAGGUCAAGAUCAGCCACAGACAAGGCAGCAACCAUCGUGAAAAAUGUAAAGACCUCUGUAUGGAUAUAGAGAUUCAUCUAUUCUAGGAAACUGACGUUAAAAUGAAAGUAUCCAGAGUUCGAGAGCUGUAAAGGAUGAAGAGAGUUAACUAUGGACAGCAACAAACUAGAUUUGAAUCAUGCUAAGAAAAGACAUAGGGACAUUAAUAAUCUAGUUUUGAAUAUAAAUAAAGAAGUAAGAACACAUAGACUUCAAAGUCAAUAUCAUAAAUCUUUACUGUAGUAGUAGAUGUUGGUUAUGGAUAAUAUGUACCUGCUUAGUUUAGCAUCUUUAAUUCCAGCUACAUUUCAUUGCAAACUUUUUCUCUAACAUAUCAUCACAGGAAAUUGAAAGGGAUUCACUUGGAGCAACUGAGAUUUGCAAUUAGCAAUUGUGGUGGAAAAUGGAAGUGAAGCACUUGAAUUGCACUAUGAAUCUUUUUGUUUUUUUUACAUAGACUAUUGAUAGAAAAGUGCAUGUUUCACAUUUAGAUAAAUAUUUUUGGAUGAGAAGCAAUUUAAAUAGAACUAUUUUAAUAAUAGUAGAGAAGAAAUAAGGAUGUUUCUGGGAAACAUUUGCACAGUUUGGUGAUCUUCAGACUCAACAGUGUGCAAAGCCCUAAUCUGUGUGUCAUAAUUUUAAAAAAGAGCUUUGUUUUGUCAUAAAAAGUAGUGAAUAAAUACAAACUGUAACAAUUCUCUCUACUAAAGAGUAAUAUCUUUUGAGUAGACUAUCCAUUAUUUACAGCUGGAAACUUGAAUGAGUACAGACUGUAGUAGGAAUCCUGUUGCCAUUUAGCCAUUUAGAAAACUCGUCCUAAAUUCAGAUUGAUUCAAACGGUAUUUUUUUCCUCUGUUAUUAAAAUGAAUUCAAAACAGGGAAUACUUCCUUCACUAUGUUCAAAUCUCAAAGUGCCUCAAACUCUUAAAGACUGUUUUAGCAUUCUUUUCAUGGUUAAAUUAAAUAAUUUGAAAUUUCAAAUCUUCUUGUUGUGCAGCAGAUCUUUGAUUCAGUGACUUAUUGCCCAAAUUAUGGCGUAUUCCUUGGAACACAAGUUUUCUGUACUUUGAUAACAGCUAUGCAGUGACAAUGCUGUUAAAGUAAAAAAAAAAAAAUCAAGCUUAGACACUUUAGAAUACUUUAAUAAAAAUAAUUUAGCUGAGAAUAAUUAUGUCACAUUUCACUAAUUGCAUUUAAAAAACAGUUUUCCAUAACUGGCAAAGACUUGAAUCCAUAUUAAUACAACAUAGUAACACAAAUAACUUCAAAGCUUUUCAUUGCAAGCAAUAAAUCUGGCAAGAAUGACACUUCAUACUGAUAACUUCAAAUUAUGACACCUUAUUUCCCAUAAAAUUACUUUGAUUUACUCACAUAAGGUUAACAAUGUCUGCAGUCCAAAAGACCUCUUUCUGUGUGUGGUCAGUGGGACUUCAAAAACAGGAGGUUUUUGUCCAUUCUUCAGAGAAUUAAGUAGUGUAAAAUUAUGAUGAUUUCCCUUUUUAUACAAGAUAAAUAAAGGGAUUGAAAUAUUGGGUGUGCAGAAUUAUUUCUUUUUCCUUUGGCUUUAAGCAUCUGUGAUCUACGAAUGAUGCGUCUUGGUAUCCCAUUUGCUCACACAUGUACAAACCUUAAGGAUGUUGCACAUCAACAACUAUGUUAGAAGUACCGAGACUAAAAAAUAUGCGUCCCUUUACAAAUAAAUAAAAUAACUUCAAAGGAAAGCAAUUAGGCCUUAUAGCCAUAACUUUGCUGCAAUUUAUAUUAGUAGGGCUAUAGGAAACAGUACACUUGUAAAAUAAAACACAGCAAUAUUUCUUAUUUCUAAAGCAUGAUCUGAGUUUUAAAAGCUUGUUCUAGUGCUGUGUAAAAGUAUUCAUACCAUUUGAAGAGUUUCAGGUUUUGUCACAUUAUUCAACCACAAACCUCAAUCUACAUGAUCAAGAUUUAUUUUAUUUGAACACAUGGAUAUGCUAAGAUUGCUCAAGCUCAGUUCAAUCUUAGAUUGAGAGUCUGUAGACUUUAAACUGCAAGUGAGAAUUCUUAUGUUGUGUUUCCUGCAACAGCUUUCUUUAAGCCACUCUUCCAGUUUUGUGGAAUGAUUAAAUAAUAGUAAAUAUGACAUAUUUUCACCUGAGUGGUAGCCAGUGCAACUCUUCCAUAAUUAUGAUGGACCUCUUAUGGAAGGUCUAUCCAUAAGAGGUGGACCUUAUGGAUGGUCCACCGUGAAUAAAGGAAUAAAGGUGAAUAAAGGACCAUCCAUAAGGUCCACCUCUUAUGGAUGGUCCACCGUGAAUAAAGUGGAUUUCCUCCACUUUAUUCACGGUGGAGGAAAUCAUGAUUAAAGUCUCUAUUUACUGCCUGACCUGUCAGUUUAGUUGGAAGACUGUGUCUUUAAGAACUGCAGUUAUCCCAUAUUGCUUUCAUUUUCAGAAAUAGAUUGAGUUUUGCCUUCUGAGAUGUUCAAAUCUGAACUAAAAUCAUAUUACAACAAGUUGAACUCUAUUUACUAAUUAGGCAAUUUUUGAAGGCAAAGAGUUGUACUUGAUUUUAUUUAGUGCUGUUGGAUUAAAGUUGGCUGAAUCCAAAUGUACACCACAUUAUUUUUAUUAUUAUUUUGAAGAAAUGUUCAGAAUUAGAUAUUAUUUUUGCUACACUUGACAGUUACAGGCUUUUUUAAAUGCCUUUAACAUAACAUCAAAUAAAUGAAAGAUAUUGAUGGUUUGUGAUUAAUGUGAUGAAGUGUGAAACGUUUGAAUGGGUGUGAAAAAUGUGUUAAGGCACUGUAUAUGAAAUGCUGUCAAAUGUAACAGAAGACAAAACACACUUUAAUCAAAAUGUAGUUAAUGUUAAAGGAGUAGAAUGGAAAUACAACAUAAAAUGGGUUUGCCAAAAUUGUUUCUGAGAAGCUAUUACUUUGGUAAAUUUAACUGUUAUUAGUAUUUCUGCAUGCAGUCUUCAUUUGUUUACAUUAAAUGAACAAUCUAGAAAACAAAAACUGUGCAAAGUUAGCAGGAACUUCAAAAGGCUGCUGUGAACAUAAUUCUACUCUUGUUCAAACAACAGGUAUCCUGACAAUUUUCAAAUUACACUUAAUUUAGAAUAAAGAGAAAACUUAAGAGCCACAGCCAAAGUGCAAAGUUCUUCACAACAAAACAAUGGAUAGGCUAUGCCUUGUAUUGCUAAGGAAAGAAUUAGCUCAGUUUUCAGGCUUCUUUGUCUAAAAAAAAAGUAGCAAAUAAAGUAUCUUCAACAACCUGGUUUGACAGUCUGGACAUCCUUAAGCUAAAACCCCUUUGAAACAACUUUUAACUCAGUUCUAGUCUUCUGUCUGCAUGGGUGUACACAUACGUAAAACAAAUCAGAUUACUGUAAAUUAAUCUAUAGUUUGCAGACAGAAUAAAACAGUCAUAAAUACUAGGAGAAAACAUGAAUCAACUGUGAUAUAACCAAAGGUGUACAUUUCUCUUUAUUUAAAAAAAAAAAA